AAAAUCUCACGAUUAACUGCGAGACUUUGAAUCUCCAAAAAUUUUGUCCGGACCAAAGAGCGACAUCCGAUCAAGGGGGGAUGGCCACCCGGAGAUGCUCGGGUCAAGAAAGGGGUCCUACACUUGGAUGAACUGGGGGAGGAGAGAGCGCUGCGAGGCUGUCAUGUAAGCUGUCUCCUCUGGGGGCCUCCUCUCGGUUCGCGGCUGCUUCCUGCCUCAGGUAGAAGCCUCAGUGGCAGCAGUGUUUCUGCUGCCGGGAGCUUCAGGGCUGCUCUCUCUCUUCUCUCUGUUCCCUCCAGCUGAGCAGGCAAAACAUCCUCUGCUCCAAGCACGAAAAUGGAGAAGAUCUGCUCAGAGUGCACAGAGCCAACACUUGCACAGAGUCUCUGUACGCUGUGCAACAAGUGGCUGUGCUACCAGUGCACCGACGUGCACCAGCACCAGAGAGCCUCCUCCCAGUAUGCUGAUUCGUUCCAGCAGCAGCAGCAGCAGCAGCAGCAAAGGCCCAGUGCUGCACAGUGCCCUGACUUGCACCAAAGGAACUCCAGCACACUGCCUCCUACUGGACAAGGCCCCGGCUCGUAUCCUUGCUCCCUCCUCAUGUGCCACACUCACCGACAGGAGCCCUUGGAACUUUUUUGUGAGUCAUGUGACCUUUUGUGCUGCAGCAGCUGUCACCUGUCCUCCCACAAAAACCACAGGGUGGUGCAGAUUGGCAAGGCUCUGCAGGAUCAGCAGUGGCUGUUCGAAAACCUGAUGGUGCAAGUGGAAGAGAGGCGGUCUUCAGUGGAAAACAGCGCAAAACAAAUAGAAGACAGACUGCAUGGAGUGAAGAUCGCACACAGGAAGGCAGAGAACCAGAUUAAAAUGGCAAAGAUGAUUAUGAUGAACGAGCUUAACAAACGAGCCAACCUAUUAAUAGAGCAACUGGAGAAGAUUUCGGAGGAGUUCCAGCAGCGUCUGGAGGACCAGCUGCAGGGGGCAAUAGAGAUCUGCGGCCAGCUGGACCACAUUCAGAAGUUCAUCACCUGGGCCACAACCCAUCACUGCAGAGGCCCCGUGCUCUUCAGCAGGGCUCUGAUUUCUCUCCAGAUGCAGCAGCUGCUGGAGUCGUCUCUCCACACAGACUCCUGGAGUCCUGUCAAGCUCAAGUUUAACUGGGAUGCCAGUUACUGGACAAAGCAGAUUUCCUCUUUCGGUCAGCUAAUUGUCGAUGGAGGAAAUUGUGCUUAUCCUUCAGGAUUGGCCUGUUCCAGUAUUUUGAGGCCCCAACCCGUCGCCUGCUUGGCUCUGCCCGCCAUGUUUCACCGAGGCCGAGAGCCAGGCUGUGGCUACCAGACCUGCUGUGAGCCUCAGAUAUGUUGCCUGCAUGGCAUGCCCCCUCAGCAGGAGCUGGCCACUCUGGACAAAAGCCAGAUGGAGAGCACUCUGUUUAACUCCAGCUGUGCUCAGCCCGCUCACUUCCCUGCUUCACUGCACCAGAGUCAGCAGCUUCAGAGGUUUUGGGAGACGGAGAGCUCCCUUCAGUGCCCUCCUCCUACAUCUCCUCUCCCAGCACCCAUCCAGCUCGGCUGCAGCCAAGGAUCCGCAUCCCAAGAUGCUCAGCCUUUAACAUACGUCUCCUGUCACCAGCGUCAGAGGGAAAUCGCUCCAGACAGCCAGACUCACCUCAGUGCCGACCGUGGUGGUCUGGGUCAGUGUAAGGCGAAGUUGUCUACGAGCCCGGCUCUGCAGCAAGAGGUCAGCCACAAUGUGAGGGACAAAGAUGAGGAGAGGUGUAGAGGGGAGACCCGUGGACAGUCGGCAGAAGAUGAAAGCAGAGAGCUGGAUGAGGAUCUGGAGGCAGGCAGAGGGGAGCAGGGUCUGGUCCAGCUUCAGGCGUGUUUAGCUGCUGACCAGCAGAGGACCAGACCAGCUCUCAACCUCAGAAUGGAUAGAAAUGGCAAGUCUAAAUCCUGCAUCCUGCUCCCAGGGGGUGGAGAUCAGCAGAGGUCCACGUCCCUGGAGGUGUCUGCCAGAGCCCACGAGCGCGCAUCUGAUGUGCAGAGCAGCAGGCUCAGCCCCAGCUUGGUGUGUACGAUGAGGAAGCGUCGCUCCCGGAGCAUCCCGUCAGAGCUGGUGGCCCCGCCCUCCAGCCCUUACACUGAAAGGUCUGCUGCAGGACGCACAAACAGCCAGGAGGCAGGAGCUGCGAAGAAGUAUGACAUGAUAGAGCUAAAACAAAGGAGAGCUUCAGAUGGAGGACUUUGUGUCGUCAACGAAACCGACUCAAUCCAAUCCAAAGGAUUGUCUCCUUCACCUCCCUAUAAGACAGAACCAGAUCACCCAACUGCUUUUGUGUAUGAAGAGGUUGAAUACAGAGCCAAGGAGAAGCACAGACUGCAACGAAACAGCAUCACCAAUAAUGGAGAAGCUCUGAAAGACUCGGGGAGAUCCAGGGUUCCAGUGGUUUGCUUAGAGCGCCUCAAAAUCCUCGUGUCUCAGCUGCCGCCACACGGACGAAGACAAAGUGACCCUCUGCCUGCCAGCGAGACAGAGAAGAGCGAAGGCCUCGCCCAGCACAGCACAUGGCACACAGUAAUGCAACACGGGACAGCCAGGGGGUCAGACACCAGAAGGACCACCCGCUCACUCACAGAGCGAUCCACUCGCAGUCCGUCUGCCGCCUACGCUGACACCUGUGACUUUAGCAGGAGACUCAGCUCCCACACAGCUUCCACACAGCUUCCUACUGACUCCAAAUACGUGCCAGAAAGUUACUUUGAUUUGGACACCGACUCUGAUCCCAGGUCAGUUUCGGAGGAUGUCACCUGUUAUCCGACUGACCCAGGUCCGCCGCUAAACUCUGAUGGAUCGCUGGAUUCUGAUCCAAAUGCAGUAUCGUCUUCCGAGGCUGAGUUUGAACUUGCUGCUGCAAGGCAGUCAGCAGGUUCAGGUGAGGUGAGACAGAAUGUGGAUUCAGAACCGAGCCUUGAGUACGAGGCGGAGCCAGACACGGAUGCAGGAGCGGGAUCAGAGGACGGUCGGGGGUUGGAUGCUGAUACAGAAUCGGGGGAUCCCGAAACCGAGUCUGACACCCAGCCUGAAUAUGAUCCCAGCUUUCAGGCUGAAACCGACUCCGACGCUGUAUCCGGUCAGCCUCCAGACUUUCAGGGCUCCGGGGAGUCCGAUCUCGACUUGGAGUCUGAACCCGAACCGACAACUGACGACCCGCAGCCGCUGCGCUCUGACCUGGAGGAGGAGCCGCAGAUUGGCCAUGGUCCGAGGCAGCUUUUGAUCGCAAACCAUGUAGCUCAGAGGGACGAAGAGGACAUUCACACAGAGCAGGACGUGGAUGAGAUGGAGAGUGAGGACUUCUGCGCAGUCUGCCUGAUUGGAGGGGAGCUGCUGUGCUGUGACCGCUGUCCAAAGGUCUUCCACUUAUCAUGCCAUGUGCCGCCUCUUCUGAGCUUCCCCACAGGAGACUGGGUGUGCAGCGUCUGCAGAGAUGUUUUACAGCCUGAAGUUGAAUAUGACUGUGAGAAUGAGAGAUCAUCUGCAGCGAACACUGCGCACGGACUCUCUGCCUGCGAUCAGAGAAAAUGUGAGCGACUGGCUCUUCUGAUUCUCAGCAACAUCUUGAGUGCUCCUUUCCACGAGCCCGUCAGUCCACUUGCACGUCAUUACUACCAGAUCAUCAAGAGGCCAAUGGAUCUGUCUGUGAUCAGAGCCAAGCUCAGUAAAGGGAAUCCCAGGCAUUACAGCUGCCCGGACCAGUUUGUUGCUGAUGUCUGUCUCAUGUUCCGCAACUGUGCAAAAUUUAAUUAUCCUGACUCGGAGGUGGCCCAAGCAGGCCACAGCCUUGAGCUGUUCUUCAUGUCGAAGCUGAAAGAAGUUUUCCCAGACAGAGAUUUCCCAAUGGCUGAGCUCGAUUCUGACAGCGACGAGUACGACGAGACCUGCAGGGCCGCUAAUGGCAGCUUCCUCUGGCCAGAGAGGAGGGAGCAGUGUCACAGGAAGAGGAAGAGGAGGCAGUCGCUUAAGUCGAGGAGGCAUCACUUCUAACUGGAUGGUGAUCAGAAAGAAACUGUGCUCACAAAAAUGUUUUGUUUUUUUUUGUUUUUUGUUUUUGUAAUUUGUCCAUUAUUAAGUGACAGCCCGUGGAGUGACAAGAGAGAUCUUAUUCGAUGACCAUUGUUGUGGUUUGUUGUGACUUGUCAGUGCUACCAUCUGAUGGCAGCUGAACAUAUCUUCUUUAGUUAUUCUUCCUACAGGCAGCUAAUCAAAGAAGCUGAAUGUGUAAAAAUAGUUUUGUUGGCAGGGUGUACGCAGCAGAGUGUACGGAGUUCCUCUUGUAGCCAUAAACAUGUUCUAUGUAUUACUUACUGUAAGAGCUUCUUUAUCGUCUCACCACAUAACCCACUGCAUUGCUUAUUGCUUUAUUUACAUGUAGAUAUGUAAUCGGUGCACGCUUUCUGCCCUUUGCUGUAUUGAACAAACGGGACGCUGUAGCUGGAUGUUUUUGAAACCUUGUAAUAUGUGGACUUUUUUUUUUUUAAGUGACAUGGUCCUCAGUAUAAAAGAAAUGUUAAAAUGUUAAUGCUAGCAAAUUCUGUAAUGUUUUUACUCAUAUAUGGUCUACAUAUUAUAAAUGUUUGCCUGCAUAGAAACACUUUUGCUGUCGCUUCCAGUUACAAAAAGAACUUUUGCUUCGUCUUGACAUAACCUGAGUUUUAGUUUGUCACUCAAAAACAUAAAAAAAGUCUCUCAUUUUAUCUUUUUGAUCAGAAAGAAAUAAAGGGUGAAAGAGUAAGAAAUAUACGUUCUGUUAAAGCUACAAGGAUAAGAAUAGUGACGUAGGAUUUUAUGUGUUAAACUAUAAAAAUGAGUUUUAUCUUGAAUCUUAAAGAGGUGAAACAGGAUCCAUCCAUGUUCCACAAAAAUGCGUGAACCUUUCUUAUUUAAAUAACUCAGGCUGAAUAAGAAAUACAUUAUUCAUAGUUCUAAAAUGCCAGUAUUAUUUGUACAACAAAGGACGUGUACAUUUAUAACUCCUCAGAUCAUUCCCUGUUUACAAAUACUUCACGGUACUGCAGCUCAAACUAGACAUGGCCUGUUUUUUAUAGAUGUCGUAGGAAAAUGUAUUAAAAAUAGUAUUUCUUUUUGUUUUGAUGAAGAUGGACAAACUUUACUGAAAAUCUAUGUUUGAAUUUUCUUCUUCAUUUUUUUUUAACUGUAAAAGCUUCAAAUGAACACAUACAACACAAUAUACUAGCUUGUUGAAAUAUAAACCCAUUACAAGUGUCAUCAUUUCUACAAUAAAUGGGAUAUUUGAAAACUUG